AUGUAUCAACUUCGUUGUGGUAAUGAUGAGUAUGAUGAAACAAUUGAAUAUCAAAUCAACUGGUUUAUCGAUUGUGCUGAAACACAUAUUCAUAAUCAUCGAAAUUCAUUCGAGACAUAUUGUUUGGAAGGACAAUAUGAAGAAAAAAUUUGGAGAAUAAUUGAUGAUAAUGAUGGAAAAUUUACUUAUCAAUUCACUCGAAGUGCAGAUAAUACAAUCAGUAAAGCUAAACUAAUACCUGGUACUCUUCGUCAUGUGACGUCGAGAUAUCAUUUUCCCGGCAAUAAAAUGCAUGUUGAUACUGAACACUUUCAUUCUGUUACUCCGAUUAUUGGAUCAGAUAAACGUGUCGUAACGUUUUUGACUAAAAGAAAGUAUUCCACACCAGUCGACACAUCCAUACUAAGUUCUGAACCUCAUUUCGAUCCAUUGAAUGAUCAAAUGCGACUUGCAACUGACGAUGAACGUCAUCAAAUGUAUCAAAAACUUCUUCAAAUAUUAACAACACAUCAGAAUGCACAAUGGAAACAAAACUGGUCUGAUCUUCAAUUCUGA